CACAACGCAUGCGCUCUUGUAACUUCCGUCAAUGUGGGUUUUCCAAAUAAAAUCUUAAAAUUAAAAUGCGAAUUCAGUUUAAUUGAUGUAGUAAAGAGGAUAAAUAUUCGUCAAGUGAAGGAUGACAGACGUGCAGGUGAAAAUUGAGUUAGGGCAUCGAGCCACUCCACGCUCAAAACCAACAAAGGAGAGAUUUACACAUGACUGGACUGUGUAUGUGCGUGGACCAGAGCAGUACAACAUUGCAAACUUUGUUGAGAAAGUGGUUUUUCACCUUCAUCAUACUUUUGACAAUCCAAAGAGAGAAUGCAAAGAGCCUCCAUAUCAUGUCUCCGAACAAGGGUACGCAGGGUUUGUGUUACCUAUUCACAUCUAUUUCAAAAACAAAGCAGAACCACGGAAAAUUGUAUUCCAGUAUAACCUGUUCUUACAUACAACAGAACCUGUCAACCAUUCCAGAUGCGAGAAGCUUACAUUUCAGAACCCAACUGAAGAAUUCAAGAAGAAGUUACUGAAGGCUGGAGGGAUUAUUCCCUCACUCCGCUUUUUCCAGAAUAUUCUAAAGGUGUGGUUCAGGAUGAAGACCCCGGGGCAGAAGAGGCCCAGUUUAACCAAUCUAUUUGGUCCGCCCAUUAAGACUACAGAAUCUCCUAAGAAAGCCAAAACACCUUCUAUAGCAUGCAAGGAAAAGCCGCCAAGACUGAGUUUAGAUGACAGUAGUAGUGUUAAAUCUCAGAGCAGCAAGUCCAAAAGCAAAGAUGGUUCCUCUACAAAAUCUUCAUCAUCAAGUAAGCUAGACAGUAGCCGUGAAGAUUCUCAUGGCUCUAAGGAAAAAUCGAAGGACAAAUAUUCGAGGAAGCAUGCCGAUUCGCCAGUAACAUUCUCCUCGUCAAAGAGACAUUCAGAAUCUCCCAGUAGACAUGAUCAUUCUAAGAAAUUGAAAAGAAGUUCGUCAUCAUCAUCAUUCUCAGAUAAGAAGAAUAAGGAAAGAGAUAAAGAAGCUGAAAAAGAACGCGAAAGAGAGAAAGAAAAAGAGCGGGAAAGAGAGCGCGAGAAGGAAAGAGAACGAGAGAGGGAAAAAGAAAGGGAAAGAGAGAGAGAACGUGAAAGAGAACGUGAAAGAGAAAGAGAAAAACAGAAAGAAAUCGAAAAGGAGAAGGAAAGGCAGAGAGAAAUGGAGAGAGAAAGGUUAAAGGAGUUAGAGAAACAAAAGGAGAUAGAGAAGGAAAAGCAAAGAGAAUUGGCAGAACGGGAAAGACAAAGGGAAAUCGAGAGGGAAAAGGAAAGGGAGAAAGAAAAGGAAAGAGAAAGGGUAAAAGAAUUGGAGAAAAUAAAACAAAAACAGAAAGAAAAGGAGAAACAAAGGAGAAAAGAACGGAAAGAGAAGGAGAAAUUAGCAGCUAGCACACAUUCAGAAAAAGCAGCAAAAAAGAAGCACUCCAGUAGUGAAAAACAAAAAUUGAAGGACAAAGACAGUUUUGAAAAUGAUUCUGUGAAGGAAAUACAAAAGAAAAGAUCUCCCUCCGUUGAGUCAGAAAUAAGAAGGAGGGAGGAAAGUGAACGUGAUAAGUCAAAGGUUAGUGUUUCAAAUAAGGUUGACAGUAGUCCUGCCUAUUCAACGAGCUCACGCAAAGAAGGACGUAAAAAGCACGAAAGGUCACUUCCCAUACCAGAAAAAUCGCCACAUAAAGAGAAAAAAGCUAAAGACAGUAAAAGUGAAAAACACAGAGACAAACAUGAAUCGAAAACUGUGCAACACAGGCGAAAGUCGACCGACUCUCAGAAAUCUAAACCCAAGAAAGCAACAGAAGGAUCCUCUGCACAUAAACAUAGACUGUUGUCAAAAAUUUCAACACAGAAGUUGAAGGACGAUUUAUCAUUGUCGGAUUCUUCUGAUGUCUCCUCCGUCAGUUCUUUAUCAUCAUCGUCAUCAUCAGCUGGGUCAGGAAGUAGUUCAGAGUCGGAAAACGAGAGUGAGGCUGAAAGCGUGGCUAGUGCGAGCCGCAAAUCUAGUACAAGCAGUAGCAAAUCAACAGAAUCUACGCCAGCACAGAAAAGUGCUCUAGAUAGGUUAUUGGCAGAAGCUGAAAUGGAAGAAGACGAAUCUGAAGAAGAAAUUGCUGAACCUAGUUCUGUAUUCUCUAACCACUCUACAGGGUCACGUCAUUCACCUAGUCGUUUAAGUUUGGACACAAAACCAGUGUUUUCCAAUUCGAAUUCCCGACCAUCACCUGGUCACCACCAAGCGGACUCCAAAUCAGUAUUUUCAAAUAACAGCUCUAAGUCAUCACCUAUAGGCCACCAAGCAGAUACAAAGUUAGUUAAAAAAGAAAGAAACAGAGAUAAGGAUUCGAAAAAGAAAUCCAAGACUAGCGGUCAGGAGCGAAAUUCUAAAGGUGUUAGUAACACAGUAGGAAAGCAGACAGAACGAGCUUCGUUAGUGCAUAGUGAAAGUAAAGGAUUUGAUGUAGACAGUAAAGGUGGUGAUGUGUCUGAUACGUUGUAUAAGUCUGGGGAAGACAUUCCAGAUUGCGCGGUAGAAUCGCCAAACAAUGAAGAUUUAUCAGAACUUGUUGCAUUACAGGGCAAGCUAAUGUCCAUUAAGGACCCGAAUAUUCUAGUCCAAGUUGUGAUGCUGAUUCAGAAAGUGGGGAAAUUUCAGAUCGGAGAUUCGACCUUUGACUUUGACCUGUGUUCUCUAGACAGUGAAACAGUGCAAAAAAUUAGGACUUACUUAAGUCAGACAUGAAAUAUAAUGUUAUAUGUCGGAUCAGUGCUGUUAUAAUUUAAAUGAUGAUUUAAUAUUAUCAACACCUUAAUUGAUUGGUAAAUGCUGAACAUAAGUCUUCUUUUAUUGGUAUUUAGCUACAAAGUUAUCUAAUUUUAUGAUUUAAAGUCUACAAGGUUGUGUUGUCUUAAACAAGUUGACAAGUAUUUAUUGCAUUAUAAUGCACAAAUUUGACAAGACAGAAAGAAAAUAUGUACUAUAUAUAAGAGUAUGAUAUAAAAUAGGGUUGCUGACGUAAUAUUAUUUCCGGGUAUAUUUGAAGAGGUACCAGUAUAAAAUAAUCAGGUCAUCAUAAAUGUUAUUUGAUACUAGGACUGGUAUUUGACUCAAAUGGCGCAUGCAGGAACAGGUCAGGCUUCCAGUUUCAUUUCAUUAUUAUUUACUCCACAUUCUGAAGAAAAAAUGUGCAAUUAUUGUCUGGAACCUAUCGUCUGUCUGUGUUGGAUAAAGUUAUGUAUUUUUCUAUUUUUCUACAUAUAUUGAAAAGAAAUGAAUUCUAUUUGAUUUUUUUUGUUAAUCUUUUUUAUUUUGUAUACAUUCAUUUUGUUAUUUUCCCCCCCAUUUAAACAGCUGUAAGAAGUGCUUUUGUAAUAAUCCUGAUUAUUAUAAUUGUUGAUUUUUUGAUUUUUUUAUUUAUUAGCUCACAAGGGCAUCCUUAAUGAAAUUGGAGAAAAUUUUGAAAUUUCCCUCUUAAAAUUUUUUUUUUAAUCUAUUUUAGUUGUUGAAAUAAAUAUGAUUUGUCAAAACACAUGGCCACUAAAAAGGCAUGAUCAGUUUUUCCCAUUUCUUAAUCUUCUUGUUAACUCAGGUAAGCAAUAUUACUCGUUCUCUUGUUUUAUUUAGUUAAUGAAAUAAUUAUCAAGUCAUUUAGUUAAUGAAAUAAUAAUCAAGUCAAGUAUUUAAUGUAAUUAGUAUCGUCCUUUAGUAAAUAAAUUAUCAUGUUGGUCAAUUAAUGAAAUAAUUAUCAAAUCAGUGUUAAUGAAAUUAUUAUCAAUUAGUUAAUGAAAUAAUUAUCAAGGCAAUUUGUUAAUGAAAUAAUUAUCAAGACUGCUAAUGAAAUAAUUAUCAAGUCAGUCAGAUAAUGAAAUAAUUAUCAAAUCACAUCAUAGUUGAUGACUGUUCUAUGAAUCGAUGAUGUUUAUAGUGCUAUAAAUGGAAAUUUUGUUUUGUGUCAAAUGUAAAUGUUCAUACAGUAAGUGCUAAAUGUAUAAAUAAUUUAGAUCAUAGUGUUUUUCUAAAGUCUGUUGAAAUUUAUAUUUGUUUUUUAUUUAUCAUGAGUGCCAUCAUGCUAUACACAUUCUUGAUUUGUUUUUUCCUGGAAGUCAAAAUUGUACAUAAUUAUUUUAUAAAUGAUGCCUGUUCUGUGAACAGUAAAUGUCGUUGGUUAGUUUACAAUAAACGAGAACUGUUCUCAAUGCUUCAAGAACUG